AGGUGACCCCCCACCAUGGUCCGCUAUUCGCUUGACCCAGAAAACCCAACGAAAUCAUGCAAGUCCAGAGGCUCCAACCUCCGCGUGCAUUUCAAGAACACUAGAGAAACUGCCCAGGCCAUCAAAGGCAUGCAUAUCCGAAAAGCCACCAAGUAUCUGAAGGAUGUCACUCUACAGAAGCAAUGUGUGCCAUUCCGUCGCUACAAUGGUGGCGUUGGUAGGUGUGCCCAGGCCAAACAAUGGGGCUGGACUCAAGGUCGUUGGCCCAAGAAGAGUGCUGAGUUUCUGCUGCAUAUGCUUAAAAACGCAGAGAGCAACGCUGAACUUAAGGGCCUAGAUGUAGAUUCCCUGGUCAUUGAACAUAUCCAGGUGAACAAAGCCCCGAAGAUGAGGCGCCGAACUUACAGAGCUCAUGGUCGGAUUAACCCCUACAUGAGCUCUCCCUGCCACAUUGAGAUGAUCCUCACUGAAAAAGAGCAGAUUGUCCCUAAACCGGAGGAGGAGGUUGCACAGAAGAAAAAGAUAUCCCAGAAGAAACUAAAGAAACAAAAACUUAUGGCCCGGGAAUAAAUUGAACAUAAAAUAAAUGUAACUGAAACUAAAAACAAAUGGUUGGUUGUCAUUAUUGGUAACUGCUUUUAAAGAUUUUCCUGUGAGUAUAUGGAAGGGGGAAAGAUCAGAGGUCUCCCCUGUGGCAUAAGGUGGUGCCAGGAACUGAACCUGGGGGAACCUGGACCUCACGAGUGCAAGUUCUAAGUGACCUAUUAAGUUUUAUUCUGACUCCCAGCUAUUAGUCUUAAGUAAAAUUUGUGUACAGUUCACUGAAUAAAGAAGUCCUUGGCUUUGCUGAAGUAGA